AUGAAUCACCUCACCAGGUGGGGGGUCCACGUUCUACUCGGCAAAGUCGCCCAGAGGUCCGGUAUGAAGAUAGCUAUCCCAUUCAUGAUUGAAAAGUAUCCCGACGAGGAUGAAGCUUCGAACUUUCAUUCCGAUUUCCAGACCUCGCACAAUACCCACGGGCUUAAUGACGAGCUGAUUAAAAGCAAUGGCCACCUUGCCAUUGAUAAUGAAGACUUGAAGAAAAAGCUCGCUUUGGCUGAGGAGCGGGCGCAGAAGUACUUUGACUUCUGGCGCUCCACUGAGGAGGAACUUACCAAACAACUUGAGCUGAACGAUGAGCUAAAGAAGGAGCUUAAGUCAGCGAAGGUAGAGGCACCUAAAGAGCAGGAAGGCUCCAAGUAA